UGGGUGUCCUUGCGGUAGUUUCGGCCCUUUGCUUCUCACAAUAAUUUUUUCAUAAAGAUUUUCUGUAAAAACCGAGGUACUGUUCCUUAAGGCAAUUUCUCCAAUACGAUGGCAACAUCUAAAGGUGCUAAUCUAUACAACAGACAAAAUUGGGAACAGUCAGAUUUUCCGAUUCUCUGCCAAACAUGUUUAGGAGACAAUCCAUAUGUGAGAAUGCUUAAAGAUAAAUUUGGUAAAGAAUGCAAGAUCUGUGUUCGACCAUUUACCAUUUUUAAAUGGUGCCCAGGUGCUAAAAUGCGAUACAAAAAGACUGAAAUAUGUCAAACUUGCGCAAAACUAAAGAAUGUGUGCCAAACAUGUCUGUUAGAUCUUGAAUAUGGGCUGCCCAUAGAAGUUCGUGAUAAAGCUCUUGCUAUUGCAGACACGUUGCCAAGAUCAGAUGUAAAUAAAGAAUUUUUUCAUCAGACGUUAGAGAAAGAGUUAGCAAAUACAGAUGGUACAGUUGCUGCUGGAACUUUGGGUAAGUCACAGGCCGCUAGCGACUUAUUAAUGAAGUUGGCGCGCACAACACCCUAUUAUAAAAGAAACAGACCCCAUAUCUGCUCAUUUUGGGUUAAAGGUGAAUGCAAGCGAGGAGAGGAAUGUCCCUACAGGCAUGAAAUGCCGAAUGCUCCUGAUGACCCAUUAUCUAAUCAAAAUAUUAAAGAUCGAUUUUAUGGUGUUAAUGAUCCAGUGGCAGCAAAAAUGUUGAAACGUGCCGAGAGCAUGCCAAAGUUAGAGUCGCCAUCUGAUAAAUCUAUUACAACAUUGUAUGUUGGUGGUCUUGAUGAAAGAAUUAAAGAAGAUGAUUUGAGAAAUUUCUUUUAUCAAUAUGGCGAGAUUCGGUCAGUUGUGGUGGCUUCUAACAAAAGUUGUGGCUUUAUUUGUUAUACAUCACGUCAAGCAGCUGAGAUGGCUGCCGAACGAUCUUUUAAUAAAGUGAUUAUCAAAGGAAAACGUCUUAAGGUACUUUGGGGUCGUUCUCAAGAGCAAAGAAGUGGUGGAAAAGAUGAAAAGGGUGAUAGACUUAAGGAAUAUCCGCCUGUCCCGGGACUACCUGACGCAUUACCGCCAAUACCUACAGAGGAUGCCCCUAUUAUGGAGCCCCCAAAUCUUUUUGAUGAGUCGCCGUCUGAACAAAACGCGUCAAGUAUUCCUCUACCUGCUGCUUAUUCAAAUGCUCCUCCGAUGUUUUCGCCUCACAUGAGUUCUUCUCAUCCUCAAGGGAUUCCGCCACCGCCUCCAAAUAUGGGUGGUGGUUUUCCUCCCGGUCCUCCCCCUUUUAUGCAAAGGUUUCCACCUCCUUCUGGAAGUUACUCUAAUCAAGUACAACCAUCUGGUAUUCGAUUUUCCAUUUCUAACGGACCUUCAAUGCGUCAUGGUUUGCAUUAUCCAUCUCAAGAUCCUCACCGAAUGGGCACGGAAGGAUCCAUAGAAAACACUUCAGUACAAACACCUGUAAUUAAAUUAGUUCAAGAGUAACUUAACAUAAUGUUAUCAUUUGAUUUGUCUGAUUUUUUAGACUUUCCUUUCUUUACAGGGAAUAUAUUUUAUUUGUUU